AUGGAAAUCGUGCAGGCGAAUCCGCACGGGCUGGUCGCCGAGGAACGGGAAGGAGGAGGGGCGGGGCCUGGGCCGGGCCCAGGAGGGGGAGAGAGAAAAACGGGGUUGUACUUCCCCAACAUGCUGAUAAAUAGCCACAAGGGGGAAGUAUACUCGAUUAAUUUUUCUUCCGAUGGGAAGUUCAUCGCCUCUGCCAGCUUCGACAUGACGAUAAUGGUACACAGUGUCUACAACGAGUGUGAAACGUUGACUGUUUUGAGAGGACAUAAAAACGCAGUCUUGCAAGCCAAGUGGUGCAGAGAUGACUCACACAUAUGCAGCGCAUCUGCAGAUUUUAAUGCCUUCCUAUGGGACGUAGAAAAUGAAGUAAAGCUCAGAAGUUUUAAGGGACACACAAGCAUCAUUAACGGAUUGGAUGUAAUUAAUUAUAAUUUAUUUGCCACCUGUAGUGAUGAUUCUACUGUGAAAGUUUGGGAUUUUAGAUACAAAAAGGGCGAAUUUUUUUACGUAUCUUCGGUGGACGAUAAAAUAAGCAAGUAUAGUGUUAUCAGCGGAGAGUUAGGAGAUACGUUCACAGGUCACAAGCAUUACAUAAGCGGCCUUGCUAUAAACAACGAAGAGACUGUCAUGGCAUCCCUCAGUGCAGAUGAGACGAUAUGCUUCUGGGACAUUCAACCAUUCCCUUGUGACGAAAAACUGUUGUUCCAACUACCAGCACCCAGAUUCAACAUCGAUUACAAUUUAAUUAAACUCUCUUUCAAUAAUGACAGUUUGCUCGCCUGUGGCAGCGGAGAUAACCACCUUUACAUUUAUGACUACAAGCAGAAAAUGCUCAAGUAUACCUUGCCUGGUCAUACGAGCACCAUAAACGACGUUGCGUUUCAUCCCUAUGAGGAGAUUGUGGCGUCCUGCUCAUCAGACAAAACAAUUUUUCUCGGCGAGUUGUGA